AUGGCACCUAACAAAGGCUCAUCAAAAGGUCCCUCUGUGGGAGGCGCAAAGGGCGCUAAGACUUCCAUGACCUCUGCCUCGCGCGUUAGCAAAUCGUCCAAGAAAGAUGGAGCCAAGCGUCCCCCGCCUAAGGAGAUGAAGACCAAGCCCCGGACUGUCCAGGAAAACUUGAAGAAAAAGAAGAAGAGAGUCUACACCGAGAAGGAGCUGGAUUUGCCCGAGUUGAACCAGAUCACACCCGUUGGAGUCAUCAAGCCCAAGGGAAAGAAGAAGGGCAAGACUUUUGUUGAUGAUGCUGAGGGCAUGAUGACAAUUCUCGCCAUCGUCAACGCCGAGAAGGAAGGCCAGAUCGAGUCGAAGAUGAUGAAGGCACGCCAAUUAGAAGAGAUCCAUGAGGCGAAGAAGGCUGAGGCCGAGGCUCGCAUGAAGGAGAGGAAGAACAAGCUUGAGGAUGUCAAGGAUUCUCUUCGGAAAAAGAAGAAGGGCGGUGACAAGCCUGCACAGUCGACGAGUAUCAAGGACAGUAUGAAGCCCGGGAGAGGAAAGAAGAAGACCGUUGCAUUUGCUUAA